CCCUAGCUGUCCAUGCAGCUGAGCUGAGACUUUCGCGAGGAGCAGACCAGUUAUACACCUUGCAUUGCCGCUACAAAUUAGCCACGGGGUAGCAGUUCCGGUGAACCAAGCACUGCGCUUCAACUGCUUGUCGCUGCCAUAUGACUCAUGCCUCACACUUUCGAGCGUCGAGACGCCUCGACCUAACAUAGCAGACGACCACGAGGAAGGCGGCAAAAUUGCACAGACAUGAAUUUCGAGAAUUUCGAGAAUUUAUGUUACUGUGUCGUUGUCUCGGCGAGCCCUGUCUUUCCAUGUGCGGCGUAUCCUUCGUCACCUAUCCGUGCCAUUUAAAUCGCAUACGCACCGGUUCUGCUUCGCUGCUUCAAGUACCUCAGCCACGAAAAAAUGCCGUUUUGAACAUCUCCCACGUUGAACGGACGACAGGAGAGGAUGCUCGGCCCGGGUAACUUCGUCGAAAGGACCCGAAAUCACCUUCGGCCUCGUGCGGGUUUCCAAGAUUCUGUGGACGAAGCGAACCCCGUGGAAAUCGAUUACAAGGCGAACCCUUGGUGGAAAUCCCGUUAUUCCUGUUGGGAGGUCAAAGGACAAGUGGCAGAGGACUACAAGGACGUUGGAGCUAAGAUUCAUAAUGAACUAAGGCAGUCGUGCAGAGAAUCGAGCUGGGAGGUGUCUGUCUCGCCUUAUAUGGUUGGGAAGUCCACAAAGAAUGCCAAGCCAGUAAUAGUGAUUGCCAGCGUAGACGAGUCAUCACGCGAAGAAGCCAAAGCAGCGAUCGAAAGAAGCGGCAUCCUUAUGCACCACCCAUACUUCAAAUUGUGGCCCUUACGUUAUCUCCCUACAGGCCCGGUUAAUCCUGUUGCAAUGGAAGAUCAAGCUCCCCCCAAGUCUCUGCCCUCUGUUCCAUCCUUCAAAGUCUAUUUCGACCCUACGGAGCGUGUUCGGCUGGUUGGAAUGCCGGUAUACAUCAGGCACAACGAAACUUCGGUGCGGCGAGCAACGGCUAAUGCAGUAUAUAACGGCACAGACUAUGGGUACAUCACUGCUGCACAUGCUUGCACAAGGAUGUUUCCAGACAACACUCCUUCAAGAGAUUCUCAAGAUAAUUUCGAAUUCCCUUUCGAUAGCGACAGCGAGAGCGAAAGUGCUGACGAUGCGGAAGUGGAAGCUCUAUCUCAUUAUAGUGGUACCUCACCAGAAGCAACAGAAUCGGCGAGCUCACCUUUCACGUCAUCUCAAACCUCAGAAACCCGCAGCCAAAGCCCUGGGCAUGUCUACGCCACUCUAUCAGAUACGGCAGAACAACUGAUGAGCUCGAGUCAGUCAUCCAGAGAUGUCGAGGCGCCUAUGAACCAAGGCAUGCAUUCAGUCGAACCUGCACGCAUCGCAGAACUUGAACUGUUAGGGGAAGUCUCGGCAACGUUCAUGCCUCUCGAUUGCGUAGUAGUUUCCGUCGGCAACACAGCAGUCAUAUCCUUUCUAGAGGGAACAAAAAACAUGAGGAAAAAUUCGGACAAUGCUAUUAUGGUCUCAAAGGCUAGGCGCACGACGGUCAUCGCGUGGACUUCUCGUGGGCCUAUACAUGGUAGCCUUGUCGACUUGCCAUUAUACAUGCGCCUCCCUAGCAGCGAUUUAUUUCAGCUGGUGUACAAGUUCACAUACGAUGGAGACAUCAAAAUGGGCGAUUGCGGGACGCUCGUCAUUGACACAGAAACUAGAGAAUUAUACGGUCAUGUCAUCGCGGACUCACAGCACCGUCGCGUUGCUUUCAUGAUGGCUGCUGAGCCGGUCAUGAACGACAUAAAAGAGAACGGGAACUGGCAAUUGAUUACUUUGCCCCUCUCUUCAGAGCAAGAAUGCAUCGAUCACAUUGGUGCUCAUGCACAUCGUGGUUUCGCUGCAGCUAGCGUUCCCGAUCAGCUAAAGCACGAAUGGCCGCCAGGCCCGUCAGCGCCCGCGUCGACCAGGGAUAAUUGCACCAUAUCAUCAAUAGGCUUGCAUCGACAUCCGCACUCACUCUCUCCUCGCCAUUCCGAAAUUUCCCGCUAUUCUCUUCCUGAGACUCCACGAAGCGUGCUCCGGAUUGACGUGCCUCUAACCAGCGCGUAUCCCGUCCCUAGCAGCCCUCCUUUCAACCUGCAGGAAAACUACCACGACAUCACCUGCGAAGGCUUGAUCGUGGCUCCUAACAUUGAAGUCAAUAUUGGAAAAGGCUUCUUUCUUUCUUCGGACCGCGUCUGGACCUGCUACCGGAGAAACUACUUUUCAGUCAAAGUUUCGUACGGACUGAGCCCGUGGACCCCAAAGGCACGACUGUACUUGAAUCAGGGAGGCAGAAAACCUCCUAUGCAAAUCCAGUCAAUAGCUGUCUCUCUCAACGCUGGCGUGGACGGUGCGGAAGGAAAGCGUAUCGAUUUGAUCCAGAACACGCCCAAGCGCGAUAAGGGGCCGCAGUUUACGAUGAAGAAGGAGCUGCUUGCGCCUGUUCCACCAGGAAAGAAUCAAGAACACAGCGGCUACGGCCUUGAUGAAUUUCGUUCCUCAAGCCAGGUAGCGGGGCCGCAAUUACCGCUCCAGAACAUCUUGCAGUACUGGCCCGCUAGCCGUGGUAGCAACAGCAACUACCAGCACGCUUUUGAACGCAUCCAGUUCAGGUCGUCCACAGCAAACAACGGCAAACGCCGAAACCAGCAACAGUACUACCACCUAAUUGUAGAGCUGUGGGCAAACGUCCAGAAACCCCAAGAUCCAGAGCCUUGGUGGGUGAGGGUUGCCGGAAAAUCAUCUCAUCCUAUCGUUGUCCGCGGAAGAUCACCUAGCUACUACAAAGACCAAGGGCCUCACAAUGCGAAUCCGUCGCGGAAGCCUCGUGAGAGAUCAGCAGAUAGUGAACAACAAUGA